AUGUCCUUCCUCUCGUCGUGCUGCGGCUUUGGCCGCAAGCGAGGUGGUGAAGAGACCACCCCCCUCCUCCCUCGUUAUGAAGACGACACUGCCCGUGAAAGAGCUGUCCACCAGAAGCUACAUACUUAUCAGAUGCUGAGAGCUCUGUCCAAAGGAUACAUGCCAUCCAACGAGCAGACCAUCGUCAAUCUCCGCACCUUGCUCGCUUCGGACGUUCUCAACCCAAACAGUACAGACUUGAGUGACUCGGGCCGGCUGUUGAUUCGAAACUGUCGAACUUGGUUGAAGCUUUUCAUUGAGCUGCUUCAACACAAGAAUAGCCAAGAUCAGAUCCAAGACUUCAUCUGGAAUCUCACGAAAUCCCGAGUGUCGCUUGAUAUCAACGAUAUCUCUCAUUCCGCAUCCAAGGUCAAAGCCCGUGCCGACGCUCAGGCUGCCUACGAUAGCUUCCGCACAGUUGGAAGCCUAUUGCUUGCGAACUCGGACUUCAGACUCUUUGUCAAUGAUGUUGCUACGGUCGGACGACAGGUUCUGGCAGAUACGGCCUUUUCCUUGUCAUCAGCAGCAAAAGAGACGGGCAAGCAACUCCAGCUUUCUGAGGAAGAACAAAGCGCUGUCGCCGAACCUGGAGCGGAUGAAGACACCCUGCCCACCAAAGACGAGCUUGAACAAAAUGCGGAAGAGACCACAAAAGUCAUUGGCACGCAGGCUGCGAAAGUUGGCAAGGACACAAUCGAGAGUGCGAAGGAGCAGUUCUCCGGGUCCCAACGCGAGACACUGCUUCAUCGGAUCAAGCAAGUAGUUGUCAAUCUGAGGACCCGGACGGACUACCACGACUCUGUAUCCACGUUGGCCAAGUUGAUCAAGAGAUAUGCAGUUGCGUAUUCUCGCGUUGCUGAUGCCACCCUGGCUACCGCUCAAGAUGAUAUCGAGACCAACCCAGCUUUGGACCGUGCAGUCCGCAACUUCUGGGACUUCCUCGGCAGCUUCGGUGAUCGAGAAGCCUGGGUUCAGUUGGAACAAGACUUCAACAAAGUCCUAAGCCACGCCCAGUCUGACCCACAAUUCGAGAAUUUCAUGGUAGACGUCGGCAACACUGUCCAACGCAUGUUGACGGACCCGGACUUCUUCGACAACGCUGACAAGAAGAUCGAAGAGUUGAAAGAAAAGUCCGCCAAACUGGGCAAUGACUCGGAUUUCCGCACCGACUUUGACCAGCUGCUUCGACAAGCUCAGGUCACCAUAACCGCGAUCAUGGAGGACAAGGACAUCAAUGGCCUGAUGCUGGCAACCCGACGGAUCUAUGAUAUUGUGUCUCCACCCAACAGAAUCACCAACCCAGAUCUCAUCACGGACGCAAUCCACAUCUUCCUCCCAUUGUUGAUCCGUAGCGUGCAAUACAUACCAAUUCCUCGGGUUGAAGUCUCUGUCCCCGAGAUGGAUCUUCUGCUCGAGAACCUGGUGCUUGAACCUGGCCGCAACGUCAACUCGAGCUCGUUCCUUCCUUAUCGACUCUUGGUUUCCACCAAGAAUGAUCUGGAAAUUCGCAAAGCACAUUCCAAGAAAACGGUCUCGAGAACCCAGUCUCUCGUGACUAUCACCAUCAACGGUCUCAGUGUUGCGGCGCAGGAUCUUGGCUUCUGGAUUCGCGGCCACGCCGGCCUGGUGCAUUUCGCGGAUGAAGGCAUUGCAAGUUUCUACCUGGACGAGCGAGGCAUUGACAUUACUCUGGACCUUGAGAUCGGACGUGAGAAGCUGGAACAGAUCCUCACCCUUCGUGGUGUCAAAGUUCAUAUCCACAAACUCGACUACAAGUUGCGUAAGUCCAAGCUGUCUUGGCUGGGCUGGCUGUUCAAGCCAUUGUUGAAACACCUGGUUCGCCGGUCGCUGGAGAAGGCUCUUGCCGAGAAUAUUGCCAACGCCCUUCGUGCCGCCAACCGCGAGUUGGUGUAUGCUCGAGAAAGACUCCGCGCCACCCGCAUUGCUGAUCCGCAGGAUGUGAUGACUUUCGUGAAGGCGGUCAUGGCACGGCUGACACCUGAAGAAGACCCGGAUCUGUAUACCCGAGUGGGCGUGGAUGCACCUAAGCGAGGUGUCUUCAAAGGUGUCUACACGCCUGGAAGUGUGGUCAAGCUCUGGCACGAGGAAGCCAUGAGAGCAGAGGAGAUAGUGCAGGACGGGGAGGAGAGGGGAGGCGGCUGGCGCAACGACAUUUUCGAUGUGCCGGUGUAUUGA